AUGCUGCUCAACCUCCCAGCAGAACUUGUACAGCUUGUACUUAAACAUUGCUGUACCUCAGCAUAUCUACAGGCUGCUCUGAGCUGUCGCGCCCUAUAUAUAAUUGCCUCAUCUUCUCGAGAUGUCAUUCUACAUCACAUGAAAACAAACCCCGGCCCAGGAUUCAGAUCGCAAUCUGAUCCGAAAUCGCAUGAUGAUGUUGAGCGAUUGACUACGCGAGAACUCUUCUUGCUGCUUCGACGAGGGGCUAGCGAACAUUUACUUUAUGGAGAGUCUGAUUUUGACUGCAUAAUAUACACUUUCGAUGGCAAAGUCAUUGACAUCUCAGCGUCCUCGAUGUGUAAUAAAAAAGAUGGGAAAGCUAUAGCUUUGGUUUUCAAAGGUGACGACAGGAUCUAUCAUUGUCUAGCAGGUGUCGAUGGAACGAUCAAUAUAGAGAAUACUCAAACAUGCUCUUUGCCCGUCUUGAUACCGUUCUUGAACGCGGAACGUGUCAGCAUCAUCAAGAGCACAUAUGCCACCGAUCACAAACAUCUGCUGGGUGUCCUCGUCAAGGCUGAAGAGAAGGGUCCUGAAACGGAAGCAGAUGGCCUAGAGUCAGCCCCUUCUUUCUUCAGUCAAGAAUUGCAGCGGGAGCGAGAGCGAACUCAGAAGGCGUAUUUUCAGCUAUUCCUUGAGGCUACUCCCAGACAACCAAUAGGCCCAGGAGAGUGUCGGACGACAAUCUGCGAAAUUCAGGCAGACGAUGGCUUCAAAGUCAAUGCGUUGGCGGCCAUGCAUCAUCAAGAAUUCGCUAUAUCAUGGGAGCAGACCAAUGGAAACGAUCAUAAUGUUGACAUAUACAAGGCUUGCUGGGAUGCUCGCGAACAUUAUCAUUGGCCUGUCACCCAAGGAACUUCCUUCACUUCAUAUAAGUCAACCAGAUUUGUUGACGAGCAGGGCCUGUGGGUAGCAGCCAGAGACCCCAACAAAAUCGAACUUUCGCAUCAUCAGGAAGUCUCGACUCUAGGGGCAGUAGCCGACCUCAGAUUCAAUGACUCGAGACAGUUACUGUACACCCAUCGAGGUUCCGCUAUGUUUGGGUAUUAUCAUAACCUUGGCUACCAGAGCACCACGGCUUCGUCGUUUGUGCCCACAAGCGCACACAGAAAUUAUGCCAAUGUUCGGAUAGGAGAGUCACUAGAACUUUCCUUUGCUGUAGAAAUCCCCUUCUUCGCUACACAUGACACACGUACUCUCCAGGGGACCCCGGUCUGCCACUGGAGAUACCUUUCCUAUGGCAUAUCUGCUGACCGCGUCGAAGGAUUUACAAUGGCCUGUUUGUUUAUAUCGCAUACUGCUGCGAAUGCUCUUCGUUGCACCCACCAGACGAACCUGGAGAGGGGUCGGCGCCUGUCACGAUGGUUGCCCGUGGCACGACUUUGCGAUUAUCCGGAUUCAUCAGUUAGCACGAUAGGUUGCCGUUUUGCUAUAUCGCCGAACGGCAAGCGUAUUGCGGUAAUGCAGUGGGACACACUGUAUGUGUGGCCCUUGAACCCGAAGGAGGUUAUUUCGUUUGAUCGCAGUAACUACUAUCCACAAUCCUGGAUUUCGGGGGAGAGAAUGGACGACAAUGAUAUGAUUGAGCUGCGUCCUGUGAUAAUACGCAUGGGAGCAGUUUGCUUCAAGCUCAUGUUUACAGAGAAUGAUGAUAUUAUCGUGGGUUUGACGGAUCGCGGAUUGAUGACGUGGGAUUUGAGGCCGCAAGCACGCCGGAGACGGAGCACUGUGAACAUGGAUCUUGAGCAUAUAUCGGUUCUGGAGCAUGAGCCAUUCGUACCAAAGGAAUACCCAGAGGAUGGUUCAAGGGAAGUAGCAGAGACCUCGGUAGAGGAUGCAGGGGGGGAUUCAGCGGGAGAGUCAGCAGAUGAUUCAUAUGAGGAAUCGGCAGUUGAUUCAGCAGAGGACUCAGCAGAGGAUUCAUCGGAUUAA